UAGUCUGAUCUGUUGUUAAAUACCCUCUCACCCGAGUCUCUUUCCUCCACUGCCCUGGGUAUAGAUAGCCUUUCAUCGUCAGGUCUCACCACACCAGUGCGGCUCGUAACACUCCAAAAAUAUCUUCGCAUUCUUUUGCGUAUAGUUAAACCACGGUUGAAGUGGAUUAGAGUCUAUACAGCCAAUCGUUUAAACUGGUAUUGGACCGAGGCAGCCCUGCAGAGUAAUUGCAGAUAUCAGUGUAUUUAGUGGCAAAGACUUUUGUGCACAUUUGACCCACGAUGUCUGCCAACACGCAGCAGAGCAAGAGCUGCCCCAUUCCCACGCGUGUCCUGCACCUCAAAGACUGGUCUCAACUCCCAGACUGCUACAGUCAGACACCUGGAGGAACACUCUUCUCCACCACACCAGGAGGAACCCGGAUCAUUUAUGACAGAAAGUUCCUCCUCGACUGUAGAAACUCUCCUAUCGCCCGGACCCCACCCUGCUGUCUGCCCCAGAUUCCAGGGGUGACCAUUCCUUCACACCAUCCCAUGUCCAAACUGCAGGAACUCAAAGAGGAGUUGGAAGAGGAGAAGGAUCUGGCAGCUGAUGAUAAUCAGUUUGAAAUGGACAUUUGAAUCUUUCAUUUACCUCCUGUGGAGAAUUGUCUGUGUUAUCUGCUGGGAUGUUGCUGCUUAGCCCACAAUCAGCGGACAUCACAUAUUCAUCAGAUUCUCAAGGCUUUUUAAGGAGCCAAACACCCAAAGGGUGUCUUAUUUUUUUGUUAAAGUAUUUGUUAAAAGUUUACAAAAAAAACAAAAAAAAGUUUGUCAGUUUUUUAUUGUACAUGCAGAAAUUUCUACUUUUUUUUUUUUUUUUUUUUGAAGCAAAUGUAGCAUUACAUAUGAGUCGGAGCAAAUCCAUGGCAAAAUCUCUUAUUUCUGGACAUUAUAUAUAGAUAAAUAUACAGUAUUUAUCAACAAAUGUGUUUGUUUAAUGUCUGUUGCAUACUUUGGUGUUUGACCUGAAAUAGCACAUCAGAACAUACAGCUCUGGGAAAAAUUAAGAGAACACUGCAAAAUGAUCAGUUUCUCUGGAUUUAUUAUUUAUAGGUAUGUGUUUGAGUAAAAUGAACAUUUUUGUUUUAUUCUAUAAAGUACUGACAACAUUUCUCCCAAAUAGAAAUAUUGUCAUUUAGAGAAUUUAUUUGCAGAAAAUGACCUUGAAAAAUGCAAAGAAAACAAGUUCAUAUUCAUUUUUAAACAACACAAUACUAAUGUUUUAACUUAGGAAGAGUUCAGAAAUCAAUAUUUGGUGGAAUAACCCUGAUUUUCAAUCAUAGCUUUCAUGCAUCUUGGCAUGCUCUCUACCAGUCUUUCAUAUUGCUGUUGGGUGACUUUAUGCCACUCCUGGUGCAAAAAUUCAAGCAGCUCAGCUUUGUUUGAUGGCUUGUGGCCAUCCAUCUUCCUCUUGAUCAUAUUCCAGAGUUUUCAAUGGGGUUCAGGUCUGGAGAUUGGGCAAGCCAUGACAGGGUCUUGAUGCGGUGUUCCUCCAUCCACACCUUGAUUGACCUGGCAUGGAGGAUCUGGGGGUGCCUCAGCAAGGCUGGAAUCGGGCAGAUGUGAAAGACUGGUGGAGAACUCUUCCUAAGUUAAAUCAUUAGUAUUGUGUUGUUUAAAAAUGAAUAUGAACUUGUUUUCUUUGCAUUAUUCGAGGUCUGAAAACACGUCAUCUUUUUUGUCAUUUUCUGCAAAUAAAUGCUCUAAAUGACAAUAUUUUUAUUUGGAAUUUGGGAGAAAUGUUGUCAGUACUUUAUAGAAUAAAACAAAAAUGUUCAUUCAGAGAAACUGAUAAUUUUGCAGUGGUCUCUUAAUUUUUUCCAGAGCUGUAUAUGUACACCUACAUGUGCCCUCAGGGUUUUUCCUGGUGUUUAAUUUGCCUGGAUUUCCUCAGGUUUUAUUAUAUUGAAUGAAAUAAAUUAAAAAAAAAAGACAUA